AUGGAUGAUGAAGCCAUCCCCUCACAGGCGGGUGUCAAGGGAGCAGAGGAUCUUCAGCCGUCCAGGGCUAGGAGGGUUGUGGAAAACGCCUUUGGCAUCCUCGCCAGCAGAUUCAGAUGCUUGUUGACUACGAUGGAGCAGGAGCCCAAGAAUGUGGAGACCAUUGUUUACGCAGCACGUGUCCUCCACGACCUGAUCCAUACCAAAAAUUGGGCCAAAAACAGUGACAUCAUUGGCGACUUUAAAGAUCGUGUAGGCGUUUUACUGGACCACACCGUCAUGGGUGUAGAUGAAGUGGAGCAAGUGAGCACACAGCCCCCAAGGGGCAGCAGUGUGGAGGAUCAGGGCGGAGUAGGUGUUGUGAUCAAUUCCAGGACAUUGCUGGGCCCCUAUGGAGUAGACCGGAGAGUGCAUUGCGUAGACUUUACAGAUUGCGAAAAUGGACUGGGGAUUAAGGUUAUUGGAGGAGUGAAGGAGCUGACCGGUGAAGAGUAUGGACUGUAUGUGAAGAGAAUUCUUCCUGGUGGCCUUGCUUCAGUCGACGGACGUCUGCAACCAGGAGACCAAAUUCUUGAGGUUAACGGUGACAGUCUGGUGGGAGUGACGAAUGAAAGCGCAGUGGAAAUCCUUCGCGCUGCUUCUUCAUCCAAUAACAUGAGGCUGAUGAUUGCAAGGGAUGAGCAGGGCAGGCGAGAAUUUUCCGAGUUAUUGGAGAACCAUGGGUCCAACAACAGCACUGGAUCAGCACGGAAUUCUCCCACCCCACGAGCAACGAGCAGAUCUCUCCUCAGGACAUCGUCAGGAAGCUCACUGACCUCACUGAGCUCUCGACUGCUGAGCCCAACGAGUUCAUGCCACUCCUCUAAUGGGAACGCCGCAAGUUUACUUUGUUCCAAUGCACUGUGUCACAGUGAUGAAGAAAUUCAGUUUGUUACCAUCACCAAAUCUGCUGUCCUUGGUCUCACUGUUUCGGGAGGAUCCAACAGACCCGAUGGGCCCAAGGUUUAUGUGGAGGAUGUCACCUCUGGGGAAGAUUGUCAGAAGGAUGGCCAACUUCGCCCAGGAGAUCAGUUAGUUGCAAUUAAUAAAAAAUCACUGAUCGGAGUUACGCAUGAAGAAGCCAAGAGUAUUCUCAAGAAAAUAAAGUUGACGAAUGAAGGGACCGUAACAAUCGCCUUUCUACCAGGCAAGGGACUUUUACAUCGUCAGUCCUCCUUGAACAAUACAAAUGAUUCAGCACAGAAGAACACGGGAAAUGGCUUCAGUUCUUGUAGACUGAAGGUUCAUGUGAGAAGCCCCAAGUUGCAACUUGAAGAACACUGUCUCGUGCCUUCGCAGUCACCAGACAUUUGCCCGCCAGAGCUCACUGCCUCAGCUGCCAAAAUGUUCAUUCCAAAGGAAGUGCCCAGCAGCAAACUGAAAGUCUGCCUGGACCCUCAUGUUCGUUUAAAAAUGGAUAAGCUUGAGUUGGCACUGAAGUACCUCAGACUACAUGUGACGGAAGACCAAAGAAAGGCACUGAGGCAGAGUCUCAGAAAUGACUCUCAGGGAACUGUCGCCUUUGGAGAUUUUGAGCAGGCAACAAGGAAUAAACUAUCAUUGGAGCUGGAGGAAGUUGGCCUCAGUCAGAGUCCCCUGAUGUUUUAUCCGCAUGAAGUUGCAAACAUUUUGGAUACAACAGCGUUCCAAUCUCCGAUUUUUAGCUCUGUCACCUCCCGUGAGUCAGAAAAUGUGGAGCAUCUACACACAGAAGUAACCGAGUUACGUCAGGAAGUGAAAAAACUAAAGGCUCUUGUGAAGGAAACAGAGAAAAGCAAGAAAUCGCUGGAGGAUGAGCUGCAACAACUCACUCAGAAAGCCACAGAGAACAGGACUAUGCAGAGCAAGUUGCAUUUGUCCGACUCCAUCAGGGACCAGGUCCUGAGUGCCGAGCAGGACUAUGAGGAGGUGGUCCGGCUCCUCGAGGCAGAGAUCACCGACCUAAAAUCGGAGCUGGCGGAGAAACGCCAGGAUUGUGCAGAGCUUUCUAAGGAGGAGACUCAGGACCUGCAACAAAAGCUGUCGGCUGCCGCCUGUCAGCUGGAAACAUCCGAGCUCGCCCGCAAACGUUUGGAAAUCGCGAACAAGAAGCUACUUUACUUCGUUGAGAAAGUCCACAAAGUUCUAGCAUGUGGCACCUUACACCGGAGCGAUCACGGAGUGAACCAGUACAAGAAGACCAGGAGAGAGAGCAGGCUGGCUCCACCUGGGUCAGAAGGGCAGCUCGUCACUGAGGCCAAGGAACUGAUGGAGUGGGCCCGUUCCCCACACUCUGACAAUGCCGAGCACACUAAAGGACAACAUGGUCUCCCCUCACAGGAGCUGGCAGUGCCGAAGACAACCCAGGAGAAGAACGUUCCUUCACGCGCACACAAAGCCAGCCAGCUGCAAGAAAUGUUAUUUAUUUAAAAAUAAUG